AUGGCCAUUGAAACCCCUGCGAGUGUUGCCCCCAUCGAGUCGGGAAACACGGCUGGUUAUAGAACCGAGCUGCGAUAUUCAGUCCCCGAGUGCUUACAAGACCCCAAGUUCCCCUCCGAAUCUGCUUUGGGGUCCGUGCACUCUCCUCCUACGACUAGCCUGAUGCCAGCACUAACACAUUUCAGAAAGCACGAAGCUAAACACGGCAAGCCUUACAUCUGCCAGGUCCCAGAUUGCAAACAUACCCGCUUUGGCGACAAAGGCGGUCUGGAUCGACACAACCGCGAGGUCCACGGAUCACAGACCCACUGCUGCCCUAUUACUUCAUGCAAACGUCACGUCCGAGGAUUCGCAAGGAAGUAUAACCUCAUUGAGCAUCUGAAGCGAUGUCACUCUCCCGAGUCGCCAAAUUUGGCACCGCCAUCGAUUCUUAGACAACAAAAUCACACGGGUGCUGGUAUGAAAGGACAACAAGAAUCCUAUGAGGGCGGGUCAUUCUGGGAGAUGGCCACUGGGGGUGGCGGGGGAUUGAGAGAAAAGUUGGAGAAUCUUUACAAAAUGCGGGCGGAAAUGGAGGUGGACAUUGAGGCCCUGGAGAGGAGUUUGGCUCUCAUGGGAGAAAAUUUCCCCUGA